AUGAUUGCUCAAAGAGGAAAUACAGACGCGCAGGUACAGUCCGGGCAUGUUAAUCCGCGAGAUCAGAUGCGGGACCCCGAGGAUGAUUGGAGGGGGAUUAUAGAUCAGAAAAAGAGGAGAAAGUUGCAGAACCGACUGAAUCAGAGGGCGUAUCGUUUAAGGAGAAAAGGAAUCAGCCUUCCAGAAGAAAACCCCACCAGUCUAUCCCAAGUAAUCCCAUUCAACGGAAACAAAGAAGAAGAAGAAGACAUCCUCAAAUGCGCCCAUGCCCCACCAAACGCCCUAGCCUUCCAGCGCUGGUUCGAAGCCACGGUCCGUCACAGCUACCUCCACGGCAAUCCACAAGUGGAACACUUGAUCAGCCUUAGUCGGCUGAAUGUCCACCGCGCUAUUAACGAGAAUAUAAAGCUACUUGGGAUGAACUCGGAUUGGAUGAAAAGUGAUGAUUCUGUUUCGAUCUUUAACCUCCUUCAGCCUGUAGCUGGGAACGGGACUGGGGAAGAGAGUAUUCCCCCGAGUUUACGGCCAACGGCUAUUCAGCGGACUGUCCCGCAUCAUCCCUGGCUGGAUUUCUUUCCGUUUCCGCGAAUGCGUGAUCUUUUGAUUCUCGCCUGUGCUACUAACAGUGAUUUUGAUGAUGAUGAACUAUGCCAUGAUCUUAUGGCAUUCUGGGAUACGAGAAAUACAAAUGCGACAUUGUUUGUGUGGGGAUCACCGUGGGAUCCGUCGAAUUGGGAGGUGACGGAGGCGUUUGUGAGGAAGUGGGGAUGGUUGCUCAAGGGAUCGGGGGAGUUGUUCGUUUCAACGGGGACUUGGAGGAGGAAAAGAGGGGAGAAAACUUUGGACUGGGGGAGUUAUAUACAGAGUGCAGAUACUGUAAACCCAAGUAUAUGA